AUGGAUUGCUAAAUCAGCAGUAACAUGACAGUGGUGCACUACUAUAUAUAAAGAGUUCAGGUUUCUCUGCCUUGUAUUUGAUGUGCAACUGAAACUGGACCAUGAAGAGUCUUGCAUCAUACGUUUUAGUCCUUCUCUGCUGCGGUCUGGCAUGGUCUGAGCUGAAAACAGUGAGAAAAUGCUUAAGAGAGAAGGUCGUCACUUUCCCAAAGCAAACAACUGAAGACUAUGUACAGCUCCAUUCAAACGAAACCAUGGAUUUCUCUGAAAUCACAGUGUGUCUGCGAUUCUACACUGAUGAAGAAAGUACAACUCUAAUUCCAUUUUCUUUGACCACAACUUUCUACUCGACUAAUUUUACUUUAACGUGGUCACCACCUACUAAACAAUACGUCCUGACCAUUCAAAAUGGCAAAGCAGCAUUUAAUGGUCUACCGUUCAAUCUGAACCAAUGGAACUCAGUUUGUGUAACCUGGGAGGCCGGCAGUGGUCGCGCACAGAUGUUUGUCAAUGAAGUACCCAGUGUUAAAAAAGCGAUAGGCUUUAAGGAGCCUUUUAAAGGAGAGCCCAAAAUAAUACUUGGCCAGUUUCAGGAUGGACACUUUGGCUUCAGUCCAUAUUACGUGUUCACAGGUUUUAUAUCAGAUGUGCACAUCUAUAAGGAAGUGUUAACCCCACGUCUCAUUAAGAACUACAUGGAGGCAAAGAUCAAAUAUAAACUGGGUGAUUUUAUAAACUGGCACAAUCUUAAAUACACGCUUUUCGGGUCUGUGCAAGUGGAAGAGAAGCAGCACGUAACAUUUUAUACUAAGCAAGAGGUGAAUUAAGGUAACGCUGUAUUGCACUGUAACAUCAAUGUUUAAAUUGUUGUAAAUGAACUUUGCACUGUGUUUUAAGGCUGAUCAAAUAAAUAAAUGACAUUGAACAGUGA